AGUCAUCUAAGUGUACUGUAUUUGCCCCACUAGUUCUCUAUUCCUUCUUCUCUUUUUUUGCCUUGUUUUGAAUGAAUUUCUUCUCAUUCUGUUUCCCCCUUCCAUUAGGAUGGAAAUUAUGUACUUUGAGACAAUUGUUAGUUUUCACCAUGACACUAGAAAUUACAUACAGCAUGGAAGCUUUCUUUGCCAAAUGUUUACAUUGAUUAGUACUUUUACACUCUUCUCUGACAGGGAUCUUAUGCAUCUCAACUUUAUUUACCAGUUUCCAAUUUAUUUACAAUAUUGUGUACUUUUUAAAAAUGUUAUCUUAAACCACCUAAGGUAUUAUCAUCAUUGCUUAAUAAGAGAAUGCUUCUGGUUUGCCCAGUACAUUGGUUUUCAAACUGAAGUGUGUGUACUCACAGGGUGUAUAGAAACGUUUGAGGAGGUUCCUGAGCGCACACGGUUUAAAGGAAAGCAGUGCCCAGCGCCUCUCCUCCCAUACGGUCCCUUUUGUAUAACUUGAGCUGCCUGAGAUUCUCCUGCUCCUGAGGCCUGCUGCUGGGAUGGAUCUCGUUUCCCUCAUCCCCUCUGACAGUCACCCCACUUCAACUUCACGGAAUAAAGGAAUACCCCCACCACAGUCAGAAGCUUAGGCUUUUUGGGCAGAGGAAUAAAGUCUUCUGGGGCAGCAGUCUUCUGGGGACACUCAGCAGUGCUCUGGGCAUUGGGUUAAGGUCCUGACUCCCCAGGAGCCAAAGAAUCAGUAGAAGGAGGAAGAAGUUACAGGAUUUGGUAUCAGCAUUACUGGGGACAUGCUUGACUGAAGACAGAACAGAAUUUAGAGCAGAUCCAGAAGACACAGCGACAGAGCCUCCUUGUUGCCAGCUGUUUUCAGAAAACAGAAGAAAAUGAUCCAGGCCCAGGAAACCCUGACAUUUGACGAUGUGGCUGUUGACUUCACGUGGGAGGAGUGGCAGCUUCUGGCCCCUCCUCAGAAGGACCUGUAUCGGGAUGUGAUGCUGGAGAACUAUAGCAACCUGCUGUCUGUGGGUUUUCAAGCCAGCAAACCAAAUGUAUUGUCCAAGUUGGGUCAAGGAGAACCGUGGACGAUGGAAGAUGAAAUCCACUGUCAAACCCGUUCAGAAAUCUGGAAAGUUGAUGGUCACCUGCUGGAGCACUUACAAAAUGAGAGCAUGGAGAAGAGACUAGAACAAUGGCAUGAACAGAACCCACUGGAAUAUUUUGUUCAUCAGAGCAGAACUCAUUUUCUGUUCAGGCAAAAUCAUGAUAUGUUUGACUUACAUGGAAAAAGUAUGAAAUCAGAUUUAACUUUACUUCCCCAAAGCAGGAGCUAUGAAAUAAAGAGCCCUGCUGAGUUUACUGGUGAUGGGAAGUCCUGUCUCCAUGCUGACAAUGAACAAUUUCAUACUGAAAUUAAAUUCCCCAAAAGCCAAAAACCCAUCAGCUCUAAGUCCCAAUUCAACAAGCAUCAAAAAACCCAAAAAAUAGAGAAGCCUCAUGUAUGUGGUGAAUGUGGGAAAGCUUUCAUCAAAAAGUCUUGGCUCACUGAUCACCAGAUAAUUCAUACAGGAGAGAAGCCCCAUAGAUGUAACCUGUGUGGGAAAGCAUUCUCUAGAAAGUUCAUGCUCACUGAACAUCAGAGAACACAUACAGGAGAGAAACCUUAUAAAUGCACUGAAUGUGGCAAAGCCUUCCUCAAGAAAUCACGGCUCAAUAUACAUCAGAAAACCCAUACCGGAGAAAAACCGUAUAUAUGCAGUGACUGUGGGAAAGGCUUCAUCCAGAAGGGAAAUCUCAUUGUACAUCAGCGAAUUCACACAGGCGAGAAACCUUACAUAUGCAAUGAAUGUGGAAAAGGCUUCAUCCAGAAGACUUGCCUCAUUGCACAUCAGAGAUUUCACACAGGAAAGACUCCUUUUGUGUGCAAUGAAUGUGGAAAAUCCUGUUCCCAGAAGUCAGGUCUCAUUAAACAUCAAAGAAUUCACACAGGAGAGAAACCCUUUGAAUGCAGUGAAUGUGGGAAAGCCUUCACUACAAAGCAAAAGCUCAUUGUGCAUCAAAGAACUCAUACAGGAGAGAGACCCUAUAUCUGCAGUGAGUGUGGGAAAGCUUUUGCCUACAUGUCUUGCCUUGUUAAACAUAAGAGAAUACACACAAGAGAGAAACGUGGAGAUUCAGCCAAGGUGGAAAAUCAUCCCUCAGAGAGCUCCUCACAGACUAGUGAUGCUAUGCAGGAGAAAACCCCUGUAAAUGCAGUGACUAUGCAGGUGCCUUCAGUGGCUCCUCAGACAUCAGUAAACAUAAGUGAACUCCUAGCAAAUAGGAAUGUAGUCAUAGUGGGACAACCUGUGGCCAGAUGUGCACCUGCAGGAGAUAACAGAGGUUUUGCACAGGAGAGAACCCUUAUGAAUGCAUUGAAUGUAGUUGUGCCUUCAGUGGUCAAUUACAUCUUAUUUUAUGUCACAGAAAACCACUUCUACAAACUAUUUUCCGGUCAGAAGCUUUCCGUGGCGUCCGUUUACCGGAGGUGUCCCAACAUGGCCGCCCCCUGGGGCCGCGGAGAACUGGGCGCGGACAUAUUGCUUCUCUGGGAAAUCCCGGAAAUCCGGUCGUCCUCGUUUCCUCAAACACCGCAGAUCCACUUCGGCUGCCGUAGACAGAGCCGGAUCGGUCUAGACGUCAAAGCAGUUCACAGAACUGUUUUCAGAAAACAGAAGAAAAUGAUCGAGGCCCAGGAAACCCUGACAUUUGACGAUGUGGCCGUGGACUUCACGUGGGAGGAGUGGCAGUUCCUGGCCCCUCCUCAGAAGGACCUGUACCGGGACGUGAUGCUGGAAAACUAUAGCAACCUGCUGUCUGUGGGUUAUAAAGCCAGCAAAUCAGACAUACUCUCCAAGUUGGAUCAAGGAGAACCAUGGACGAUGGAAGAUGAAAUCCACUGUCGAACCCAUUCAGAAGUCUGGAAAGUUGAUGAUCACCUGCUGGAGCACUUACAAAAUGAGAGCAUGGAGAAGAGACUAGAACAAUGGCACAAACAGAACCCACUGGAAUAUUCUGUUCAUCGGAGGAGAACUCAUUUUCUGUUCAGGCAAAAUCAUGGUAUGUUUGACUUACAUAGAAAAAGUAUGAAAUCAAAUUUAACUUUACUUUCCGAGAGCAGGAGCUAUGAAAUAAAGAGCCCUGCUGAGUUUACUGGAGAAGUCAGAUCCUGUCUCCAUGCUGACAAUGAACAAUUUCAUACUGAAAUUAAAUUCCCCACAAGCCAAAAACUCAUCAGCACUAAGUCCCAAUUCAUCAAGCAUCAGAAGACUCAAAAAAUAAAGAAAUCUCAUGUAUGUGGUGAAUGUGGGAAAGCUUUCAUCAAAAAGUCUUGGCUCACUGAUCACCAGAAUCUUCAUACAGGAGAGAAGCCCCAUCGAUGUAAUCUAUGUGGGAAAGCCUUCUUCAGAAAGUUCAAGCUCACUGAACAUCAGAGAACGCAUACAGGAGAGAAACCUUAUGAAUGCACUGAAUGUGGCAAAGCCUUCCUCAAGAAAUCAGGGCUCAGUGUCCAUCAGAAAACCCAUACUGGGGAGAAACCAUUUAUAUGCAGCGAAUGCGGAAAGGGCUUCAUCCAGAAGGGAAAUCUUAUGGUGCAUCAGCGGAUUCACACAGGCGAGAAACCUUAUAUAUGCAAUGAAUGUGGAAAAGGCUUCAGCCAAAAGACAUGCCUCACAGCACACCAGAGAUUUCACACAGGAACGACUCCCUUUGUGUGUGGGGAAUGUGGAAAAACCCUUUCCCAGAAGACAGGUCUCAUUAAACACCAAAGGACUCACACAGGAGAGAAACCCUUUGAAUGCAGCGAUUGUGGGAAAGGCUUUAUCGAGAAGCCGCAGCUCGUUAUACAUCAGAGAAUCCAUACAGGGGAGAAACCUUAUAGAUGUAGUGAAUGUGGGAAAUCAUUCAGAGGGAAGUCAGUCCUCAAUAAACAUCAGAAAACUCAUUCAGUCAAGGUGGAAAAUCCUCCCUCAGAGGGUCACAGGUCCUCACAGAGCAGUGUUGUCCUCCAAGAGAAAAACCUUAAUACAGUGACAAUGCAAGUACCUUCUGUGGUCCCUCAGACAUCAGUCAACAUCAGUGGGCUCCUAGCAAACAGGAAUGUAGUCAUAGUGGGACAGCCUGUGGCCAGAUGUGCACCCACAGGAGACAGCAGAGGGUUGGCACAGGAGAGAACCCUUAUGAAUGCAGUGAAUGUGGUUGUGCCUUCAGUGGUCAAUUAUAUUUUAUUUUAUGUCACAGAAAACCAGUAGGGAAAAAAA